GCUGGACGAGCCGGGAACAGGCCCGGGGUCGCGAUGUGCCGGGGUCGGGCACCGGCACUCCGGCCGCCGCCGCUGCUGUCAGAGCAAGCUGCCCAUGAGUAACCCAAGCUGGCCUAGAUUAUGAGCUCAAACAAGAGCUCUCGCUACAAUCGUUUCUCCAGCGGCACACCGAGCAUCGCUCCUGAAAACACCAACGGGACAAGAAUGGAAACAACUUUUGGGCCAGCCUACUCUGCUGUGACCACCAUCACAAAGGCUGAUGGGACCAAUACUUUCAAACAGCAUCGUCGGACCCCAUCCUCCUCCAGCACGCUCACCUACUCCCCACGAGAUGAGGAUGAUGGCAUGCCUCCCAUCAGCACUCCACGCCGCUCCGACUCUGCCAUCUCCGUCCGCUCGCUGCACUCCGAGUCCAACAUGUCCCUGCGCUCCACAUUCUCACUCCAUGAGGAAGAGGAGGAGCCAGAGCCACUGGUGUUUGCUGAACAGCCCUCUGUGAAGCUUUGCUGCCAGCUGUGCUGCAGUGUGUUCAAGGAUCCAGUCAUCACAACCUGUGGGCACACGUUUUGCAGAAGAUGUGCCUUAACAUCUGAGAAGUGCCCUGUGGACAAUGCCAAGCUGACAGUGGUGGUGAACAACAUCGCGGUGGCGGAGCAGAUCGGGGAGCUCUUCAUCCACUGCAAGUACGGCUGCCGGCCCGCCGCCAGCAGCAAGCCUGCUGCCUUCGAGGUGGACCCCCGGGGAUGUCCCUUCACAAUUAAGCUGAGUGCCAGGAAAGAUCAUGAAAGCAGCUGUGACUACAGGCCUGUUCGCUGCCCCAACAACCCUAGCUGCCCACCUCUCCUGAAGAUGAACCUGGAGGCACAUCUGAAAGAGUGUGAGCACAUCAAGUGUCCCCACUCCAAAUAUGGGUGCACAUUCAUAGGAAAUCAAGACACCUAUGAGACCCACCUGGAGACCUGCAAGUUUGAGGGUCUGAAGGAGUUCCUGCAGCAGACAGAUGAUCGCUUCCAUGAGAUGCAGGUGGCAAUGGCCCAGAAGGACCAGGAGAUUGCCUUCCUGCGCUCCAUGCUGGGGAAGCUCUCAGAGAAAAUUGACCAGCUGGAGAAGAACCUGGAGCUUAAGUUUGAUGUGCUGGAUGAGAACCAGAGCAAGCUGAGCGAGGACCUGAUGGAGUUCCGCAGAGAUGCCUCCAUGCUGAAUGAUGAGCUCUCGCACAUCAACGCUCGGCUCAACAUGGGCAUCCUUGGCUCCUAUGAUCCUCAGCAGAUCUUCAAAUGCAAGGGGACCUUUGUGGGACACCAGGGCCCUGUCUGGUGUUUGUGUGUUUACUCCAUAGGAGACUUGCUCUUCAGUGGCUCCUCAGACAAAACCAUUAAGGUGUGGGAUACCUGUACCACAUACAAGUGCCAAAAGACCUUGGAGGGUCACGAUGGAAUUGUACUGGCGCUCUGCAUCCAGGGGAACAAGCUGUACAGUGGCUCUGCUGACUGCACCAUAAUUGUGUGGGACAUCCAGAACCUGCAGAAGGUGAACACAAUCCGAGCACACGACAAUCCUGUUUGCACUUUGGUCUCCUCACACAACAUGCUCUUCAGUGGCUCUCUCAAAGCCAUCAAGGUCUGGGAUAUUGUAGGCACUGAGCUGAAGCUGAAGAAGGAGCUGACAGGUCUCAACCACUGGGUGCGAGCUCUGGUGGCUUCCCAAAACUACCUUUACAGUGGCUCUUACCAAACCAUCAAGAUCUGGGACAUCCGUAACCUGGAAUGUGUCCACGUGCUGCAGACAUCAGGAGGCAGUGUCUACUCCAUCGCUGUCACAAACCACCACAUCGUGUGUGGCACCUACGAGAACCUCAUCCAUGUCUGGGAUAUAGAGACAAAGGAACAAGUCCGCACGCUGACAGGGCACGUGGGCACCGUCUAUGCCCUGGCUGUCAUCUCCACCCCGGAUCAAACCAAAGUCUUCAGCGCGUCCUACGACCGGUCCCUGAGGGUGUGGAGCAUGGACAACAUGAUCUGUACUCAGACGCUGCUGAGACACCAGGGUAGCGUCACUGCCCUGGCAGUCUCCAGGGGCCGCCUCUUCUCUGGUGCCGUGGACAGCACUGUAAAGGUUGGUGUCCCCUGCCCCCUGGGUGGGUUGGUCUCUUCCAAAGGUAGAGCCAGGGCAUUCUGAGAAUCAGAGAAUCGUCCCUUCAAGAUCAUGGAGUCCAACCCUUGACCCAGCACUGCCAGGCACCACUCAGCCGUGGCCCUCAGCACCACAUCUCCAGGGCUUUGAAACCCUUCCAGGGAUGGGGACUCCACCACUGCCCUGGGCAGCCUGGGCCAGGCCUGGACAACCCUCAAGGGGAAUAAAUUGUUCCUCAUGUCCAACCUAAACCUCCCCUGGGGCAACUUGAGGCCAUUUCCUCUUGUCCUGUCCCUUGUUUCUUGGGAGAGGAGUGCAACCCCACCUGGCUCCAGCCCCCUUUCAGGUUGUUGUACAGAGCAAUGAGGUCUCCUCUCAGCCUCCUUUUCUCCACACUAAACACCCCCAGUUCCCUCAGCUGCUCCUCACCAGGCCUGUUCUCCAGACCCUUCCCCAGCUUCAUUACCUUUCUCUGGACCCGCUCCAGCCCUUUAAUGUCUUUGCAGCAAGGAGCCCAAAACUGAACACAUUCAAUGAGUUUGGGAGCCAUCUUCAAACGAAGCAGGGGAUGGUUUUGAAAGGCUGGGAUGUUAGCUCCUUUGUGGCUGCUAGAAACCCGAAGGGAAGCUCCACACAGGCUGAAGGGAAGCUCACAAAGCUGCUCAGAAGUCACUGCCUUGGGUUUCUGUUGUCUCUUCUCCACAGGUCUGGACAUGUUAGCAAG